AUGGACCACAUGCCAGUUGGUCCCGGGGGGUUCCAGGCGCCUACGUCAUCAGCUUCAUCAGUGGCGCAGCCUGUUAGCGCUAGGCGACGGCACCGGCCAGCCAGCACCACCGACACCACAUUAACCGACGGUACUGGUGCCUCGGGGUCACAACCAGAACACCCGAGGGCCGUGUCGGUAGCUAAAGACGACGAAAGUCACCCGGGUGACCAACAGUCGUAUCAGCAUCGGAUACGACAAGCGCCAUCGGGCUACACCGACGGCAGAGUUGCAUAG